AUGUCGUUAAUCUCAUCCACACAAACACUAAGGGUGAGGCAAAUAACCAACUUGAAAAAGAUGCUUCAUCUCAACAUCGAUGUAGAUAAUGAACUUGUGACAUCCACAGACGAAACCGAUCUAAUAUGGAAAGUGUUGAUUCUUGACAACAAGUCAACUGCAAUUGUGUCUUCAGUUUUGAGAGUGAACGAUUUGUUGGAAUUUGGUAUUACUGUCCACGCCUUGAUCAACCAACGAAGAGCUCAACUUCAGGACGUGCCUGUAAUUUAUUUCGUCGAACCAACAACCGAAAAUGUGGCAACCAUAAUCAGCGAUUUGGAAAACGACCAAUAUUCACAAUUUUACAUUAAUUUCACCUCAAGCUUGAGUAGAUCUUUAUUGGAGGAGUUUGCUAAAAGAGUGGCAUUGACCGGGAAGGCUGAUAGAAUCAAGCAAGUGUUUGACCAAUAUUUGGAUUUUGUGGUUACAGAACCGAAUCUCUACUCCUUGGACAUGAAGAAUGUUUACUUCCAAUUUAACAAUCCACAGACAACUGAAAGUAUAAUCAAUGAGAAGGUCGAAACGAUCGCUAGCGGAAUCUUUUCCUCUAUCUUAACCAUGGGUUCUGUCCCUAUUAUUAGAGCAAACAAGGGCGGGCCAGCAGAAUUUAUUGCUCAAAGAUUAGAUGAGAAAUUGAGAGAUCAUGUCAUAAACACCAGGCGGUUGUCUCUGAAUAACCCAAACAGUUCUUCCGGUGCGUCGAGCAAUAUCUCAAGUGAUAAAGCUGUUUUAAUUCUGUUGGACAGAAACGUGAACUUGACUUCUAUGUUUGCUCAUUCUUGGAUUUACCAGUGUAUGGUUGCUGACGUUUUUAAGUUGGAAAGGAACACUAUCAAGAUUGAGAAAAACUCAGGCAGUAAUGGCAGUGAAAAGGUGGAGGUUAAGAAAUUCGAUAUCGAACCAAAGGAUUUUUUCUGGAAUCAAAAUGCAUCUUUGCCUUUCCCAGACGCCGUGGAAAAUGUUGAGAAAGAGUUGAACAAAUACACCAGCGAUGCCAAACAAAUAACUGCCAAGACAGGUUACUCUUCGAUCCAAGACAUCGAUGUGAACGAUCAAGCCGAUACCCAACACAUUCAGGAAGCAAUCAAGUCAUUGCCUGAAUUGUCCCACAGAAAAAAUAUCAUUGACAUGCACAUGACAGUUUUAUCAGACUUAAUAAAAGAGUUGGAUUCCAAGAAUUUGGAUUCCUUCUUUGAGAUUGAACAAAAUCUAAACGAUCCAAAAGUUCAAAGGCAAUUGUUGGACAUUCUAUCCACAAACUCUAAGGCUGAUAAUUCAAUGGAUAAAUUAAGGACCUAUAUUAUACUAUUUUUAUCAAGUGACUUACCAAAGUCUUUUUGUGAUGAAUGCGAGUCAAAGCUAGCACAGCUUAAUAUUGAUCUUUCACCAUUGAACUACAUCAAGAAAGUUAAGGAGUUCAGUAAGUUAACGGAAAUGUCCUUAUCGACAAAGACAAAUCCAGGAAACGAAUCCUCAUCAUACCUUGCUAACAAUGGAGCUUUAUUUUCCAACUUAUCUUCAAAGUUGAUUAACUUGGCUGACGGUUCAAGUAAAAUCAGUGAAGGCUUUGGUUCUUUGGUUAGUGGAAUCAAAAAGCUUUUACCAGAGAAGACGCAUUUGGCUGUUACGAACAUUGCAGAGGCCAUUAUGAAUCCUACUCAAGCUAAUGCCAAUUCUCUCAAACUGACGGAUGAUUAUUUGUACUAUGAUCCAAAUAUCACUAGAGGAUCUCACUCCAAGCAACCAAAACGUAAAACAUAUAACGAAGGUAUGGUUUUCGUCGUUGGAGGAGGUAACUAUUUCGAAUACUCAAAUCUACAAGACUGGUGCAGCGAUUGGAAUGUUAAGCAAGGUACAUCAAAUGGUGCAGUUAAUGGUGGUAGUCCAACAAAAAUGGUUUGUUACGGAUCUACUGAAAUCAUAACUGCCACAGAGUUCCUUGAAGAGUGUAGAGAGUUGGCAAUGACAUGA